AUGAUUUUGCUUCCACGAAAGGAACAAAUUAUUUGUUGGAAUGGAUUAAUUUUGGUGUUGCUGUUCUCGAAACUUCGUUACACAGAAGCAUUUACUACAGUGGACUGCAUGCAUCGUUAUAAUGUCUCAGAUUUGUCAUCGAAUGAUCUUUCGGAUAAAUUGGAAGAUUGCAUUUAUUAUUUCUUGGUUGGUCGUGCAAAAGCAAAAUAUGGAGAUAUUCGUUUGCUGUAUCUGGAAGAACCCACACCAAAAGAUGAUAUAUUUACAAUUAUAAUCAGUCAUGUAGCUGUGAGACGUGUCGAGCUGACACAAAAAUUCUCAUCUCAAUUUACUAUUUACGGUGAUUUAUAUGUGUCAUGGGAAGAUGAGCGUUUGAAAUGGGAUAAAAAGGAAUGGCAACUGGAUGAAUAUACAUUACACGAUGCUCAUCACAUAUGGAAACCUACAAUUAACGAUGAAUAUUAUUUGGGACAAUGCAACACAGUUCAAGGUUGUUACACAACAGUACAAGAAAUUGAUAUAUUCUCAAGUGGAAAAGUCGUGGCACUCUACUCGUUUCAUUAUCCAGCAUUUUGUAAUGUUAAUUAUUACAGAUAUCCGGAGGAAGAAAAUGAUUGCUGCUUGUUCUUUUCACUUGGUGAUCUAAAUUCCAAUCGAAAAGUGCAUUUUGAAUUGAAAGCUGAGAGUAAAGCAACCAUAUCACAAGUCGUCAAAAUGGAGAGGAUGGCGAAUGGACUGAUAAAUCCCACCGAUGAACAUUCUGCGUGGAUGUUGGAGCAUCGCACUGUAGCGAUAACUAAAAUGAGUGGUUCGAAUUUCGAACUUCUUCACGUUUGUAUCCAUGCUCGAAAGCAAAUGUCAACCUUACGCAUUGCUUUGCGUCUUCCAGUCUCCAUUACAACGAUGCUUAUGCUUGCUUCACCCCUUUUCGGACAUCUAACCACUCAGAUUUACGUUAAGCUCUUCGCUUUCUCGCUGCAAACUGUGUCUUUUAUUUUCCUUUGUUCCAUCUCACCGGAAAAUGGUUUUGGAAAAACAAAACCGAAAAUUUACACGUUCUUUGAAACGGUUGUUGUUUUAACAGUGAUCAGCAUAAUGGUUAAUAUGAUUGCAAUAGCACUGAGUAGAGUUAGGCGUACUAUACCUCCACGACAUAAUUUUUAUCUGGCAUCUAAAGUGAUCAAUCAUCUCAUUUGCUGUAUCGAACCGGAUCCAACUGCUAGCUACUUCCGACAUUUGGACGACUAUACCCAAACAAAUUUUGAAAAUUCUCAGCCAGAUUAUACAACAGAAUGGCGACAUAUUUAUAUUGCUUCUAAUAAUCUUUUUUCAGCAUUCGCUUUGAUUGCUUUCAUUAUUGUUGCUGUUUUCGAAAUUUUAUAA